UUGUAGCAUGCUGCCAUCUCUGCCUAGGAAAGCCCUUAAAGCUCAGUUUCCAGAGGGUUUUAUAAUAAUCCAAGUGAGGAAAUCCUGUGUUUACAGCACUUAUGGAAAUUGCCAUUUUGAGCCUGUCCCCCUCUUUGUUGUAUUCACAUACUUUGUCUUAUCUGACUUUAGCUGUUGGCAAGGAUUAUAAAUCCUUAAGCAGGGACUGUCCUUCCCUUUGUUUUACAGCCUGGGCACUGCUAGAGCUUUCCUGGGUAGCUUGAUGUGUAAAUGGUCUGCUGCUGUCCUGCUGGAAGACUUUGUUGUUUGUGUGCAAAACAAUUCCUUGCACUAAUGCUUCCUUAAUAUUUCUCUGUAGCACCAAAUAAUGAUUACCCUUCAACUGCAUUUCUUUGUAUCAUCACUCAAGCCUUUGGACUGUCUUGGAUCAAUGUAUGUGGGGAAGGCUGUGGCAGCUUGUUUCCCAUUUCCACCUCUCCCUUUCUGUUAUUGCACUAUACUGAAAGGGUCUCACUUGUUAGCCUGGAUAAAGGCCUGAGGAGCAGAGCACACAGGAUACACUUCUAUACCAGCAUUAGCUGAUCCUGUCCCCAGCUGAGUGGUUCAGAAAGCAGGAAGCUUUCCACCAGCUCCAAGACACACCAGAAUUUAGUACUAGCAGCCUGCCCUCCAGAGGAGUUGCUGGAACACAUCUGACUGCUAUUGCCAGCGAGGCCCCAGCCAGCCACCAUGUACUGCCUUCAGUGGUUGCUACCUGUCCUGCUCAUACCCAAGCCCCUCAACCCAGCCUUGUGGUUCAGUCACUCAAUGUUCAUGGGAUUCUACCUGCUCAGUUUUCUCCUGGAACGGAAACCUUGCACAAUUUGUGCCUUGGUCUUCCUAGCAGCUCUAUUCCUCAUCUGCUACAGCUGCUGGGGGAACUGCUUCUUGUAUCACUGCACAGGAUCCCAGUUGCCAGAAUCAGCUCAUGAUCCCAACAUAGUGGGCACCUAGAAAAUCAUAAUCUUCCAAUCUGCUGAGGGCUCUUGUUUUGCUUUUAAAAAGGGGGUACGGCUGGGGAGGAGGGGGGUGUUGGGUAUGGGACUGGAGUAAGGACAACCUGUUUCCUGUAACUGUGUGUGGACUAGACUGACAAAUUCUUCCCACUCUGCCUGUGAAAUUCGACUCGUUUACUGUGUGAACUCUGGCAGCACCACCUGCUUUUUUAUAAGCAGAAGUCUUUUUCUCUCCCGUAUCACCGGGAACAGACACCAGCCCUCUCAACUGAGAACUGCUGGGAGCCUGAGCUGCUGGCCCUGCCCAGCUGGGAGUGCUGAAGUUGUGUGUCACUUGUCUGCAUUAGGCCAUGGUGGUCUAACUCAGGGCUCUUGGCCCACUGAUCCUGCUAGAAUAGCUACAAGAUUCUCUCAGUCUCUCUUUGUGGGGAGCCAGCCUUCCCACCUUGCUGAUCAAGGGCAAGUACAACAGCUCACAAAUGGACUUGGCCAAAAGCUGCUGGAGCCGGAGGCAUGUGAGUCAUCUCCUCCUGCCCGGACUGCCAAAGCGAUGUGUGCACUGCUGAAGUGCUUUCUGAACUCUCUGCUCCAAGAUCCCAGCCUGAAAGCCUCAGUUAUGCUGCUGCUUUUAUAAAGCCUGACAGGCAGUAGAGACUGGCUCUUCCCUCCUCCUCCAUGUCCAGGGUUUACCGAGGUAUUGACUGUUGGGAGAAAGAACCAGCAUGCUGCAAGACAUGGGGUUUUGGAAGCCACUGUGAAUUUCACCCUACAAAACUCAUGCUAGCCCAAAAGGCUGGAUGUGGGCAGGGCAGGAGAGGAUCCAUGACGUGGAGGCAUGGCUUGGAGCAGUAAAUGCUUCGUCUGUUUCAGAGAUAGUAGUUUUGGGCCAGAGGUGACAGAAGGUGCUGGUGCUACUGACUAGAGAAGGCUGGAAAAAUGCCUGGUGUCUGCAGCUUUCCUGGCAGAAGGAUAUCAAGAAUCCAGGGUGGUGGUGGGUCAGGCCUACAGCCUGGGGCAGAGGUUGGUUUGUGAGAAGUCUUAGAGGUUGACACAAAACACUUACCUCUGAACUUGGAAGGUUUCCCUCUUCUUUGCCAUCUGUUUGUCUUUCCUUCUGUCUUCUGGUGGAGAGCAGCAGAAGUGGCUGUUGCUGUCCUGAGGCAGUUCGAGCUAUGAGGUUGUGAAACUUCCAGAGUAUUGUUUGUUCAUUGCACAGCUGUUCAAAAUGUUUAAUAAAGCUUUAUAAACUUUGGUCUAUGGCCUCCUGCCAGCAUGAUGCAUUGGCUGUUCAUUGUGGAUGCCUUAGCCC